AUGUCAGCCUUAGCAGCGGAGUCUUGGACUUGGUACGCGAUAUCAUGGGUAGUCGUGAUUGCAAGAACGAUAUCCCGAAGGCUCCUUCAUGGAUCCUUUAAAAAGGUCCAGGCCGAUGAUAUCCUUAUGCUCGUGGCUAUGGUUACCGAUACUGUACUCAUCGUGUGCAUGAACAUCUUGGCCAAGACUAAUACGAAUCUGAUCGACCCUGCUCAUCCAGCAGACCUCACACCUCAGGAUAUUUCCGAGCGUACAUAUGGCUCGAAAUUGGUUCUAGUCGUGGAGCAGAUGCAGAUUGUUACCGUGUGGCUGGUCAAGUGCUGUCUCUUGAUCAUGUAUGCACGAUUGACCAUGAGUUUGAAACAAAACAUUGCCGUCAAGUUCGUAGCAGCUUAUGUUGCUUUUGGGUUCGUGUUGAUGGAGGUUCUCUACUUGGCAGUUUGGUGUCGGCCUUUUACAGAAUACUGGGCAGUUCCAACGGACAACAUUCAAUGCUCGGCCGCCACAAACCAUUUGAUCACCAAUGCUGUGUUGAAUAUCACAUCCGACGUCAUGAUUAUCUGCAUUCCGAUGCCGGUCUUCCUCGCAGUUAAGCUUCCAGUGAAGAGGAAGGCCAUCCUUGUCGGUGUUUUUGCAUUGGGCGUUUUCACAAUUCUCUCUGCCAUUCUGAACAAGUAUUACAGCUUCAACCAGCCUUUUGGCGACCAGUGGACCUUUUGGUACAUCCGCGAGUCGUCGACGGCUAUCAUCACGGCCAAUUUGCCAUUUACAUGGACUCUACUACAGAAUACCUUCAACCUCAAGUCCUUUAAUGGCAAGUCAUCAGGUGCCCGCACUAGCGAAGCGCAAUCUCGGUUCCGAUCAGGCUACGGAAGGGGGACGAAUCAUCUCACGACAAUUACCAGAGGUAACCCUGGUAUCGAGCUUGGCUCUUGCAACAGCCAGGAGCAGAUCAACGAUGCUUUCGGCACACAGCUGAAGAUAUACCAGCAGACAGAGGUACACGUCAGCACCCACGAUGUAGAAAAGGGAGCCUUGGAAACAACAAAUGCAGUAUCACCGGGCGUCUAUCCCGGUGGUGCUUCCGACUCUGACACAUCAUCACAUGAGUCGGAGGUCGGAGUAGUGUCAGGUCGUCCGAGGCCUUGA